CUCUCACGAUCCCUCGGCAGUCGGCGACGGCUGGGCGACCGCCACUUCCGCCUUCUCUUCCUACUGAGCGUCUCCAGGCACGCUUCUGAAUUCGGAGUUGCCAGCAUUCGCUCGAGGUGCCGGACCAGAUCUCACCAUCAUGCAGGCUAGCGAUAGAUUCAACAUAAACUCUCAGCUUGAGCAUCUUCAAGCCAAAUAUGUUGGUACAGGGCAUGCUGAUUUGUCUAGAUUUGAAUGGGCUGUAAACAUCCAGAGAGACAGCUAUGCCUCUUAUAUUGGGCACUAUCCAAUGCUAGCAUAUUUUGCCAUUGCUGAGAAUGAAUCGAUCGGAAGAGAACGUUACAAUUUCAUGCAGAAAAUGCUGCUUCCUUGUGGCCUCCCUCCUGAGAGAGAUGAAGAUUGAGGAGCUGUUGCAUAGUUUCAGUGUUUCCAAUGACCAUUUAUGAGAUUGUAACCUCUAUGGUACUAUGUGCCAUUUGUGUUAAAGCUCGUAUGCCUUUGACUUGUCUUGCAUCGGUCUCUAUCGUGAUACAUAAACAUUCGUAACUUGUAUGCAUUGUAAACGAAAUGCUGGUUAUGCCCCUUUGUCAUGUUUUUGUGAUGCGUUCUCACAAUGUGAAAGAAAAUUUAGUCGAAGAGAUUGAUGGCUGC